AUGAAGAUCCAUUACGGAUGGACAAUACUUUGUUUUCUCUUGCAUUCAGGGUUCUCUAAUGCAAAACUUCUACUUGUUCAAGUCCUGGCGCAUCACACAGAGUGUAAUCCAACCACAGAGAGCAUGAAAAAUAUGUUUCCUUUGAUGCCAACCAUCAACAGUUCUGCCAUACCGGAGGGAUCCAGCAUGUUGACGCAAAAAGGAAGAGUGAAUGCCGAGAAAUUAGGAGUCUCUUUACGUGCGGCCUAUGGGAAUUUGUAUAAGAAUGCGAAAAUUUAUAUGCGCCCAGAGGGCACCGACUCGGCAGUCCAAACAGCCUCUCUAAUUGCACAUGGACUUGUCCCUGAAUACGUUCCCAGCGAAGAUGUCACUAAUGUGAAAUUAAAAAGCAACCAAUGGUUCGAUACAAUGUACCUCAGACGGGAUCCGAUAUACCAGGGCUGGUUCUACUGUCAAAACUUUUCUCAAUUUUUCGCUCACGAUGCAUUCAGGCUACAUGGCGAUAUGAUUACUGAACCCUCAGAUUCCCCGUACGGAUAUCUGUUAAAUCAUACAGGAAGCAAUGUGUUCGGGACCCUUCAAAGUGGAAUUCUGUACCGUCAGCUCCGCGCGAUGGAGAGCGCUGGCAUUCCCCUAGAGCCCUGGAUGAAGUACGUGUAUCCCAAUGGGCUUUUAUACAAACUCGUUAUGGAGGAGUAUCAGGAUCAGUCGACCUAUGACAUCCGUCUGAAUGGAGGUGCCUACAUCGGACUUUUCGUGCGUUUAGUCAACAAUUACUUGGAUUAUUUGGACAAUAGGAGACUAUUUGUUCUUGUUGGUGACGAUAUCAACAUUGUCGGACUUCUCGAUCUUCUAGAUGUUUAUGACCAGGCCCACAUUCCCGAUUACGGUAGCUACAUUGCAUUAGAACUGCACAGAAUCAAAGGAGAAUUGAUUGUCAGGGUUGUGCAUCACAAAGGCACGUCUUCCAAGGAACCACCUGUACCUCUGAUAAUUACUGAGUGUUCGGACACCCCGGACUGUCCAUUAUCGACAUUCGAGAGCAUUUUUUAUGAUCGCAUGCAGCUACAGAGUUUUAGCCGACUUGAUUGCCGCCGAUAGUCGAUAGAUUCUUUGUCAAUUUACAAAUCAGUGAACCAAUGUGUAUUUUGGAAAUUAAAACAAUUGAAUCGAAAAAAUACCUAGAAAAAAAUUGUCAUUUUCUUGUUUUCUCAUAUAUUAUUUAUAAACUUGAAGAAUAUAUUGAAUUGGCCAUGAUAAUAGGAGGGAGGGAGUAGGUUUAAAGAUAUACUUGAAAAAUCAUAAUAAAUUACAUGAGAAGGACAUACGAAGAAUAUGCGAGAUCUGUUCAUGAGAAAUCGGGAAUUAUUUUCAAGAAUCCAUUUUAUUUAUUUUGUUUACGUCAAGAGAGUUUAUGGAUUUUCCUAUUACACGUGGAAUACAAUGCGAUAAGAUUCUUUAAAGUUGUACGCUUCCCCGAAGCAUAGAAUUAUUACUUUCUGGAACACUUUAAACAAUAGAUAAGGGAAAUGAUGACUUACGACAUAUAGAUGGAAAUUUUAUUUUGUCUUUACUACUGUAUGAUCUCACGGUUUUUGAUCAUGUGAUCAUUAUGAGUCACUUGUUUACAAAAUAAUAAGAUUAUUCAUCAAUACUAAUAAUUAUGAGCCUCCCCUUCUAUGUGCCUCUACAUUUGUCUUAAAGAAAGUUGUUAAUUGCGGACUUCGCACAAAUUAAUACUCGUUCCCUGGAGUUUUCCCUAAUACUCCUCCGAACUUUUCUGCAAUUAUCCACGUAUUUCUAUUAAUAUCCUGAUAACUAAGAGAGAUGACACCUAAGAGAAAAACCCCUUUGACUUGCCAAUACCCUCACGUACUUAAAUUGAAGACCUCUGAAUUUUUAGACCAAUACCUAUUCCGAUAAUGAUUUUUGUCGCAUAAAUAAAGAUUACGAGUAACAUGUAACACCACUGUAGUUAUUACUUUGGAAUCCGAGAAAACAGUCAUUAUUGGUUCACGAGAUAACAUGUUAUUGAUGUUUUCAUGCACAACAAUCGAUUGGAAAUGUAAAUGUAUUUUUCAUCAUUUCGCCAUAUCAUCUACGUUUUAUUAGAAAACGGAACCGACAAAAAUGGGAAAUUCCUAAAUUUAAUAGUCUCAUAAUACAGUGGCGCGUCAUCGCUCAGAAUCUCUUGUCGAGACGAUUUAAUGGGUUAUUCUCAUGUGAACGCCUAUAUUUUACCACUUUUUCGGAAUUUUUUUUUUAUGCGACAACAAACUUCAAUCAUGUUGAUUUUUCAAUAUAUUUUUAUUUGUAUUUUGAAAUAUACGAAAAAAAUUUUUUUUUCCGUUUUUUACAUUUUUAACAUAUAUUUUUUUUAAGUCAAAGUAGUCCCCAACAAAAAAAGGUAUUUCACUGGUCAAGGUGAUAGCGGCUGUUCAUGUUGUCUGACAUAAAAAAAUCGAAUGGAUUAUUAUUCAGUAGAUCUGUGGCUAUCGUCCCUACCAAAUAUAAUCAAUUUCAUUAAAAACAAAAAAAAAUAUCGAACUUCAAAAAAAAAAUCACGAAAAUCUCCUUCUUU